AUGCGGCUGUCCGACUCGACAUUCGUCUUCUUCUCCUCGGACAACGGCUUCCACCUCGGCGAGCACCGCAUGCUCUUCGGAAAGACAAAGCCCUACGCCACCGACGUCAGGCUGCCAAUGUACGUCGCCGGCCCGGGUCUCCCGCGCGGCGAGACGCGGCCGCUACCCACCACACACCUCGACAUCACCGCCACCAUCGCCGAGCUGGGAGGCGCAGCCAAGCACGCGCCGCACCCUCUCGACGGCCUCUCGUUCAAAGCCGCGCUCGGCAGCACGCCACCGGCGCUGUCUGAGUGGCGUGACUUCUCCUUCUCGGAGUUCUAUGUCAACGAUAAUACGUGGAGGAACAUCCGCCUGAUCGACCACGCGACGGGCCAGCCAGCGUGGGCCUUCCACUGGUGGUGUAGCAACCAGUCCGAGGUUUACCGCGAGGCCGACGACCCGUUCCAGAUGGCCAACGUCGGAGGCGACGAUCCGACGCCCUUUGGCCGCUCCAUCGUCCGCCGCUACCUGCCCGCGACGGAGAUGCGGCUGUCCGACUCGACAUUCGUCUUCUUCUCCUCGGACAACGGCUUCCACCUCGGCGAGCACCGCAUGCUCUUCGGAAAGACAAAGCCCUACGCCACCGACGUCAGGCUGCCAAUGUACGUCGCCGGCCCGGGUCUCCCGCGCGGCGAGACGCGGCCGCUACCCACCACACACCUCGACAUCACCGCCACCAUCGCCGAGCUGGGAGGCGCAGCCAAGCACGCGCCGCACCCUCUCGACGGCCUCUCGUUCAAAGCCGCGCUCGGCAGCACGCCACCGGCGCUGUCUGAGUGGCGUGACUUCUCCUUCUCGGAGUUCUAUGUCAACGAUAAUACGUGGAGGAACAUCCGCCUGAUCGACCACGCGACGGGCCAGCCAGCGUGGGCCUUCCACUGGUGGUGUAGCAACCAGUCCGAG